AUGUGUCAACGCGGUGCAGAUCAAAGCGCCGCUGGAAGCCCCGCGCCACGCACCGUACAAGACUUGUGCAUGCCUUUAUAUACUUCAAAUUCAUUUAAAGAAGUUUCUUGUAUGCCAACACCACAGUGUCCCCCCGGGCCCCCCGGCAAGCGCGGCAAGAAGGGCAAAAAAGGCGAACCGGGCGACCCCGGCCCAGCGGGUUUAAUGGGUGCACCGGGGAAGAACGGAUUUCCGACUUUUAAAGCGAUUUCCCCUUUUUACUUUUGUACUGUGACGAGCGCAAGGCCGCGGCGUGGGUCGCUCGCAUACCGAUGGCUUCUGUACGCCAUUGUGACGUUUCAGGGAAGCAAAGGCGAGAAGGGCGAGCGAGGCUUUAUGGGACCAAUCGGACUGGACGGGCCUAAAGGUGAUCCGGGCCGACCUGGUGACAAAGGACAAAAAGGCGAGCUGGGCAGUCCAGGCUUCGAUGUAUUCGCUGCUGUAAAGGGCUUGCAGGCGGCCGGCCACAACAUCUCCGCACACUCUAUCAUACAACUCAAGGGUGAACCGGGUGAGCCGGGCCCACCGGGACCACCGGGCGCGACUGGGGCAACAGGGCUAGCGGGCAACGAGGGUCGAGCGGGGGCACCGGGUGCUCAGGGCCCCCCGGGUCCUGUUGGCCCUCAGGGCAUACAGGGGCCCCAAGGACCACCCGGUCCACAGGGCAUGUCCGGACUCAAGGGCGAUAAGGGUGACAAGGGCGAGCGUGGAUACACGACGACACUUAAGGGCGACGCCUUUCCUACCGGCAUUAUCGAGGGUCCCCCGGGUCCUCCCGGGCCUCCCGGAGCGCCGGGCCCGGCGGGGAUUGCGGCGGUGGGGCCAGCGGGACCCCGCGGUCCACCUGGCACCGACGGACGCCCGGGGGCCACCGGCCUGCCCGGCCCGCCAGGCAAGCCCGGCGAAAUUGGACCGAAAGGAGAGAAAGGAGACUACGGCGACAUGGGAUCGCCUGGCAUGCUGGGUGCCCCCGGCCUGCCCGGCCCGCCCGGGUACCCGGGUCUCAAGGGUGAUAAAGGGGAUAAGGGAGACUCGAAGUACAGGAAGCUGAGAAGAAGGCAGGGAGAUGGCACCGGCUAUGAACUUUAUGGACAUGAAAUGAUGAUGGGUCCACCGGGCGCGCCGGGCUCCCCGGGCUCGCCGGGCGUGGCGGGCCCCCCCGGCAUCAAGGGCGACAAGGGCGAGCCGGGCACGCGCGGGAAGGCCGGUGAACGAGGUGAGAAAGGAGAUGCAGGUCCCAUGGGAUUACCGGGGCCCGUAGGCUUGCCGGGCGAACCGGGCAUGCCGGGCGAGGCGGGUACUCCGGGUCAUCCGGGCGACACGGGACCCCGGGGCCCGCCCGGACUCGACGGAAUGAAAGGCGCGCAGGGCGAGCCGGGCGCUAAGGGCGAGCGCGGCGACCCCGGACUGCCCGGCACUGACGGCAUUCCCGGACAGGAGGGUCCGAAAGGCGACAAAGGCUACAAAGGAGAACCGGGCCCUGGCGGUAAACGUGGACGCAAAGGUGACAAGGGCGAUCGUGGAGAGCAAGGUGUUCCCGGGCUGGACGCGCCUUGCCCACUCGGACCCGAUGGACUUCCUCUGCCCGGCUGCGGUUGGCGCCCAGCCAAGGUGUGGGAGCCGCGCGAGGAGCGGCCGCCGGGCUCCGAGGAGGAGGCUGAGCUGGAGCCCGAAGCCGAGACCGAGGCUGACGCCGAGGAGUAUGAUGCGCGCGAGGACGAGCUCGAGCCCACGCGCGACUACGACGACUACAACGACAACUCACACCACGAAACACAUCGCGAAUGA